UUAAAUUAAAUUUGUUAUUGCAUCAUAAAUAUUAAAGCAUUUAAUUACAGAACCCGUACUAUGGCAAGCGAUCAUAUCAUCCGUAUUCACAUGAUCACUCAUCUCCCCAUAUAUACAACCCCCAUCACUCAAUCUCACCAGCGCCUUCCUCCACAGACACAUCCGCCAUGUUAGCAGCUGCUGCAGCUUCCUGCGGUAGCAGUACUCCUACUGACCAUUGUGUAAAAGUUAUUAAUCCCAUGAUCAACCCUAUUUUGGCCUUUACGACUUUCACGUCUCUUGUUUUUAUUCUUCUUCUCUCCGCCACCCCUGCAGCUGCUUCCUCCUCCGGCUCCGAACCCUCCCUGAACUGCACCGAGUCCUUCCGCGAAUCCAUCCCCAAAAACUACAAAUGCCGCAAGCUGAACACGCUCGGGGCAGAGUUCGCAUGGACCCUCUCCCUCUCCCCUAACUCCUCGCGGGUCGACAUCGUCUUCCGCGCGCGCCUCCCCAGGAACUACACGAGCGCCUGGGUGGCGUGGGGGGUGAACCCUGGGAGGACCCCGCAGAUGGCGGGCACGCGCGCCCUCAUCGCGAUCGUCCUAAGGAACCAGUCCUCCUUCAUCAACACCUACAACGUCACCGCCGACACGAAGCUGGGGUGCGCGCUAAAGCCGUCGGACAUCGACGUGGCGGUGGUGAAGAAGAAUUUGAAACCGGAAGCGGAGCACCUGGGGAUAUGGGCGACGCUGGAUCUAGAUCCGAAGGUGUACAACGUGACGAGGCUGAACCACGUGUGGCAGGUGGGGCACGACGCGGAGGGGACGCGGCCGAUGAUCCAUCCGACGACGCUGCAGAAUGUGGACAGCGCGGAGACCAUAGACUUGACGGGGAAGCAGAAGAGCGAGGGGGUGGGAAGGCACCGGCAUCACCUCAGAGUGGUGCAUGGGAUAUUAAAUAUAGUGGGAUGGGGGACGCUGUUGCCGGCGGGGGUGAUAAUAGCGAGGUAUCUGCAUAAGUAUCCGAUAGAGUAUAAGAGUUGGAAGGGGGUUCAUGUGGGCUGUCAGAUUGUGGCAUACACGCUGGGCACCGUCGGCUGGUUCAUCGGCCUUUGGCUGGGACAUGCUUCCAAAUACUACAGCUUCCGCAUUCACCGCAUUCUUGCCAUCCUCAUCUUCACUUUUACCACUUUGCAAAUGCUGGCUCUACGAUUACGGCCCGGUGACAACGACGAAUAUCGCAAGUAUUGGAACAUGUACCACCAUUUUUUGGGCUACGCUCUCAUUGCCGUCAUCUCCGUCAACAUAUUUCACGGCAUCGACAUCCUAAAGCCCGACGAGCUCACGUGGAAAUGGGCCUACAUUGGGCUUCUGGCCCUCUUAGCUUCCAUUACUCUGGCCUUCGAGAUUUUCACCUGGGUCAAAUUCUGUAUCCAGAAAAGCAAACGAGUUCCGAAACCCCAGCAUCUAGGCCCAAUAGAGAGCCAACCUCAACUUCAACCUCUCACAAACAUUGAUCCUGUUCGUAACGUCCCAUUGAAAUGACGGAUACCUCCCCUGGCCCAACUCAACAUCUAUUUGUGGAUUUGGUUCUGAUUUUGUUUAACCUACUUUCUUUUUCCCAAGUUCUGUGUGUUCUCUUUUUUUUUUUCUCCUCUCCUCUCUUCUCUUCUCCCCACCGAGGGUUCGAUGGAAGUUUAGCAUUGUCGAAUAAUAUGCAUGUUGCAGGGGAGGGAGUAUG